AUGUGGACAGUGCAUAAUCGAGAGAGUCUGGGGCUUCUCUCUAUUUUUUUUUUCUUCCUGAGUGUUUUUCUUGUUACAUGCUCCUUCAGCGCCAAUGAGCCCAGCAACAUGUCAUACGUGAAAGAGACAGUGGACAGAUUGCUCAAAGGAUAUGACAUUCGCUUGCGGCCGGACUUUGGAGGGCCCCCCGUGGACGUCGGGAUGCGGAUCGAUGUCGCCAGCAUAGACAUGGUUUCCGAAGUGAACAUGGAUUAUACGCUCACCAUGUAUUUCCAGCAGUCUUGGAAAGACAAAAGGCUUUCUUAUUCUGGAGUCCCGCUAAACCUCACGCUAGACAACAGGGUAGCCGACCAACUCUGGGUACCAGAUACGUACUUUCUGAAUGACAAGAAAUCAUUCGUGCAUGGGGUUACAGUGAAAAACCGAAUGAUCCGGCUGCAUCCUGAUGGAACAGUUCUGUAUGGGCUCCGAAUCACAACCACAGCUGCAUGUAUGAUGGAUCUCCGAAGGUAUCCUCUGGAUGAACAGAACUGCACUCUGGAGAUUGAAAGCUAUGGCUAUACUACUGAUGACAUCGAGUUUUACUGGAAUGGAGGAGAGGGAGCAGUAACUGGAGUAAAUAAAAUUGAGCUUCCUCAGUUUUCAAUUGUCGACUACAAGAUGGUGUCCAAGAAGGUGGAGUUCACAACUGGGUCAUAUCCACGACUAUCACUAAGUUUCCGUCUAAAGAGAAACAUCGGUUACUUCAUUUUGCAGACCUACAUGCCUUCCACACUGAUUACAAUUCUGUCCUGGGUGUCUUUUUGGAUCAACUAUGAUGCUUCUGCAGCCAGAGUCGCACUAGGAAUCACCACGGUGCUGACAAUGACAACCAUCAGCACUCACCUCAGGGAGACCCUGCCAAAGAUCCCGUAUGUCAAAGCAAUUGAUAUUUACCUGAUGGGUUGCUUUGUGUUUGUGUUCCUGGCUCUGCUGGAAUACGCCUUUGUAAAUUACAUCUUCUUCGGAAAAGGCCCCCGGAAAAAGGGAGCUGGCAAACAAAACCAGAGUGCCAAUGAUAAGAACAAACUGGAGAUGAAUAAAGUCCAGGUCGACACCCACGGCAACAUUAUCCUCAGCACCCUGGAAAUCAGGAACGAGACGAGCGGCUCGGAAGUGCUCACGGGCAUGAGCGACCCCAACACCACCAUGUACUCUUACGACAGCGCCAGCAUCCACUACCGCAAGCCCCGGGCCACCCGCGAGGCCCCCGGGCACCCGCUGGACCGCCACGCCCACGGCAAGGGGCGCAUCCGCAGGCGCGCCUCGCAGCUCAAAGUCAAGAUCCCCGACUUGACUGAUGUGAACUCCAUAGACAAGUGGUCCCGAAUGUUUUUCCCCAUCACCUUUUCUCUGUUCAACGUCGUGUACUGGCUUUACUAUGUACACUAAGGUCUGUCCCAAGGGUUCGGAAACGACUGCUUUCCGCUUUUGAGUUCUAACCCCACAGGUCCCCAGCAGCGAGACUGCUGUGUUUUUGAGGUAAGAGAUUCAGCCAUCUACUUGGUUUUAGGUCUUGCAUAUCAAUUUUAUUACUGCACCAUGUUUACUUCAAAAAAGGAAAACAACAACACUCUUUUUUUCCAGUCUACUGUGGUCCAGGUUAUCAGCUCUUUCGAGCUCUAUAAUUGCCAUGUUUACAAACACCCACGAGGAGAGACGUUAGAUGGGCAGCUCUUGAGCAGUCCUUCCUAGUUGCCCUGGAUUUUAUCGCUUCAUUUUUAAAAUAAGAAUGAAAAGAGGGCCUCGUUCUCUGUGCAAGCUGCUUCCUGGUAAACUGUAACAGUCUCAUACUGCCAAAAACAACAACACAAUUUCCAGGAUCUCAGAAGAAAAAAAUACACAAAGCCAUUGACCAGUUACAGAUUUCCAGGAAGGAAACCAAGAGGAGCCUAGAAGAGAAAGACUCCUCCCACCCCUAAUUCUCUGGCAGCGGGGUUCUCAGCUCGAGGAAGAGGCGGGAGGAUGGGCAGGCACUGGUGGAGGUCAUGCAAACCCAAUCUUGCCAGUUUCACCUCCCCAUGGAGCCGGACAUUCUGGAAAAUAUUCUUUCUCAGACUUCCUGGCUGAUUUAAAAUUAACAUUAGACUCCACCCUGAUAACCAUUGAGAACAUUUUUCCUUUCUUCUUGAGAAUGCGAUGUUUGGGGGUUAAUGACUUUUUUUUUUAACUAUUUCAAAUGAACAGCCCUGAACUCAUUCAUUAGCCUGGAAUCACUUGACGCUGACAUGAAGCCAUGCCAUCACAUUUCCCUGGCUCCUGCUCCAGAGAGAGUGAGAGGAAGGGGGUGGGAGAAGAGGGCUUCAAAGAUGGGCAUCGUGAGCAAUUUUUGCUUCAGAAAAAUAUUGCUCUUUCCAUGAAGAAGGCAGGACUUAUCUGCUGUGAAAAGGGUGCCUGGGCAGUUACCUGAACUGCCAAAUCUUAAAUCAAAUAGUAUAUAUUUCUUAAGCCUUCCAGAGAGCAGUUUCUAAUGGUGAUAGGCUAGUUGCACCAGCGUCAACUGGCCCCUUAUGGCUCUGCUCUCUGAGCUCUGCAUUCCAAAAUAGGAAACGAUUGCUUCAGGAAAUGCACAUUGCACCCACUUUGGUGUCAGGCUUCUCUGAGGCCAGAUUUCUAUGUUAAAGGAAACCUUCAAAAGGGCAAAACCACAGAUAACAACAAUGAUAAACGCACUGGGCCUUCAAACAUGUACACCAGACCCUAGCUACACUCAUUAAUCGCUGUCAUCACUGCUCUGCCUUAUCUCUGUUCAUAGGUUGCUUUGGUCAUGGUCAUCAUGGGAGGGGCACCUCUGAGUAGCCCAACACAUGAUUCUAAAUCGCUCUAACCAGCUGCAGAUGAGACUCAUACCAUUUGUGUCAUUAAAGACCCAUUGCUUUUUUUUUUUCUUCAGCUGAGCAUCAAAGAAUUCUGUAUCUUUAUUUGCAUGGUUGUGUGAGACCCUGAGUUUACCAAUGAAUUAUGGAGGCCAUUGGGACCUACUCCUUGGGUGUAAAAUAAGGGUUGAGGAAAUAAUAGGAUGAUUGCCUCACUUAAAGACCUGGCUUUCUCCCUAAGGCUGUGAUGAGGGUCCAUGUUUACAAUAGCAUCAGCUGCUAGAAAUUAUAGUCUGUGUUGAAAGAUAAGGCUGAAUUCCUAUCGAUGAGCCCAAGGAGAGAGAGUUGUAAGAUAUUCUUCUAGAAAGCAAGAGGAAAAGAGAAUCCCAGAAUAAAUGAAUGGUUAUGGCUGUAGUCAAUAUACGCUAGUAAAAAUGUAAAAACUCUGCUUUAACUGGGAAAAUCGUCUCAAUGGUUUCAUAAGAAAUUAAUAGGGUUACGGGGACCAAAUUUUCAUUCGGGUUUUAAUUGUAUACUCGCAAUCCCCUGGUCAAGGAAAUCUUUAGCUUCUGGAGAUAAAUAUUUUGAAACUAAUUAGUUCCUUGGCAGGUGAGAUGCUCUGCCAUUGUAAAAAUCCCCCAAAUGACUGUAAGGUUAAUAUUUCCAAUGACCGCCCAGGAACCACUGUGUAGCCAUCUAUUUUAAACACAGAAAGAGAGACUUCUGGCUAAUGCCUAACAGGAAUAAAUCAUUCUGAUGUCAAAGCUCUUUAAAAGUUUUUAGAGGUGAAAUGCUAAAUCAGAAAGGAAGUACCCAUAAUCCAUGUUCCUUAACAAAACAAUUUUUCUUUAUCCGUUUAGAUCAUUCUUCUUGGAAAAGAUUGAGGUAAUUUAUAUUUUUAUUAUUUUUUUAUCUUGCCUUAAAAGUCUAAAGAAUUUUAUGCUUGUAGAUGAAAAUGUACCUCUAACGGGAAAAAAAGAGAACAUUUUGAAUUCUUAUAUAUUAACCUUUGUAAAAUUCGCAAGCCUGAAUAUUCUAUCAGGCAUGAAAUGGUGUCACUGUCUGGCCCUCCGGAUGGUAAGGGGUCCCAGCCACCAUCAUGCAAGUCCUGUUAAAUAGCUCUCAUUUUAGAGGCCGUGGCAGCC